GAGUGGGUUCGGAGGAAAGAGCUGUUCCCUUGCGGAAGAUGAAUGCAAUCUGAGAAGAUGCACCGCUGCGAGAAGGAUUGCAAGUGUAUACUGUGUCUUCAGCUGAGGGGAUGCGAGCACAACCUGAGGGCGGACGUUCGAGUAUCGGAUAACUUUAUAUUGGCGAAAUCGAGCGCUCUAGUGAGGAACGCGAUGUCUUCGUUUGCGCCCAGGAAAUACACGUUUUUCGGGAACAGCAAUUUCGAUAACACGGAGAAGUUCUCGACGAUCAACUCGAGCGCGGACAACAUCCAUCAGAUCACCGAGAGCAAGGUCGUGCGCGGAAAAGAGGCUAAACUCACGAUGGAGAGUCUUCACAAAUCGGUGAUUUACGUGAACGAGAUGCCGAGGGAUGAGAAUAAUAACGAAGAGGAAGUGUUCGGGAGGAACGCCGUCGUGUUGGAGGAGCGGGUGGAUGAUUACAUGAGUCUGGACAGCGUGCAGGACAGCAGGAUGGUGAACGUCAUCUUCAAGCAGACUUUCUCGUACGCGUCGCAGCUCUUCAACGAUCUGAACGUGCAGGCUGCUGCUUGCUGCUAUUCCGAAGAGGACGAUGACUCCUCCGAUGAGUUUCCCAUCGGCGCCGAGGCCUACUAUUUUAAUAAAACCAACCGGCCUUCAAGUAAUUCCCGCAAUGAGCAGACUUCGUACCACGAGGAUAUGGGAAAAGAGGCGACGCCGACGUCGACGAGUCUAGGUCACUCCAAGUCGACGUUCCCCGUCGCCGAUGGUAAUCAAAGCGAGCGUAUGGUUUCACCUAAAAGGAAGACGGAACAAUUCCCUCAGCUGUACAUCGCCAACAACGUGAAGACUUCCAGCUUCAGCGAGCAGACCACGGAGAAGAGCUCCAAGUGCGAGGUCAGCAAACACAUGAUCCCAGAGCGUGACACCAACAAAUCAACGUCCGGGCUGAAGAUCCCGACAGGGCAAGCUGUCUUCAAGUAUUCGGACAUCGAGGACGGCGGUCGACCAUCUCAUUCGGCGCGUCUCCAUCAUCACGUCAGCGUGCAGGAGCUCCGGAUCCAACAGAGGGCCGCCCAGCAGCAGGGAAACAGCUCCAGCGACGAGAACAGAUCUUCUGGACAUGCGAGCAUGUCGGAUACAGGUCACAGCUCACCGAGGGCUCUUUCUAAUCAGGAGAGACCGGUUGCCGUCGUCCAGAAGCCGGCGAGGAAUCGAGUCAACACGCAGUACAAUAGAUCCCGGCAUCGAGCUACACCUGCCAAACUUCAGGUACCAUGGACAGGAAGUGGAGGUUUGGAAGACAUUAAGUUGGCUCUUCAACAGUUAACUAUGCGUUCUCAUACCUCGACGAGCACGUAUUCAAGUAUAAGUGCGGGUUCUGAAAGUUCUGAGCCUGCGAUGAGGAGGUUGAUGAGGCAUUCUUCGUUAGAAACCAUCAACACUAACAUCACUAACGCCGAUGAAUUCGUUUGGGUUGAUUCGCACAAUCGUCUCGUCGAACUUCAGCACUUGCCGUGGACCAAUCAUUGCAUAUUGAGAGUGCUGCAGACUGGCCGUUGCAGGGAGCACAUGGCAAGGGUGAGCGUGGAGACGAUCCCUAGACUCUCGUAUCUGCUGCAAAGAGCUUUGGUGAGGAUCAGCAGAGAAACGCAGAGGUUGUCCACGAAUUUGGGACUGUGCACCAAGCACGACAUCGCCGUCUCCUUUCGCAUAGUUCUGUGUCCCCCAUUGGCGGAUUCCUGUAUAAAAGCUUGCUUAAGAGCAGCUGCGAUGUUGGCAAUGGCAGGAGACUGCACGUUGAGACAGAGCAAGUCCACGAGGGCAGGAUUACAGCUGCACGUGGGAAGAUUCCACCGUUGGAUGACCGACGUGAAAUUGGCCCGUUUCAUCCACGAGUACGCAGCUGUUUACCUUUGCGCCGGCUUGGAAAACCUUCUGGAAGAGAUUCUGCUGCAAUGCGUACCCAGCGAUUCUGAUGUGACAUUAACAGCUACCCUUUUGGAGCACGCCAUCGCCAAUAAUGGAGAUCUUUGGGGACUUUUACAACCUUACGCUCAUCUGAACGCUGGACGGAUUGCUUCAGGAGCUCUAGCUUUACCACGUUGGGUGUCCGUGUCCAGCUUAGGAUCAAGCAGGGAUUCGGGUCGGGGAUCCGGACCACCGGAGCCCUCGCUGAUGACGACGUGCGUCGGUUCUUUGACCGAGCUGCAGGAUCUGAUCAAUAGGAUGCAAACGAGGAUUCCUCUCUGUCCGAGAGCAGUGAGAACUCUAUUCUAUUUCAUGAGGUGUUCGCAGCUGGAGCACGGAGAGCAGGGUGCAAGUGCUGUGCAAGAGUUGUGCUACGAAAGGGCGUACGUUGUGCUUCCACCUUUGGUGGAAUGGUUGAGGGUCGCCACAGCUCACGGGGAGCAUAGAUUCGCCGCGAUUCUGGAUAAGGACGAUAUCAUGCAGGCCGCUCGACUGCUUCUACCUGGUGUUGACUGUCCGGUCAGGUCUUUGGGGGAGGAAGCCGUUAGGAUCAAGAGGUUGACCGGUGGAGAUGACGACCACAUCGAAGCGUCGCGACAAAUACAAGUGGAAUUAGCGUUCAGACUGAUGCUGACCGGACGCAGUGAACUCAUUCAACAAGCUCUAUCUUUGCUUCCUUUAUCUACAAGAUUGGAUACCUUGGAUCAACAGGGACACACGGCUCUGAUGAUUUCUGCUUUAAACAACGACGACACGACGCUUAUGGGUCUUUUGGAUGCCGGAGCGUCCGUGGACACGGAGACUCCUGCGUCUGCGAGUCCCAAUUUCAACGCCGUGAACGGCGAAACUCAGCACUGGACUGCCCUCACGUACGCCUCCUCCAAGGGCCACGCGAGAUGCGCCAGGAUCUUGUUGGAAAGAGGGGCUUCCGUCGAAGGAGGCGCCCAACUUUCCGAGGACAAAUCGACGUUGACACCUUUGCAGGUGGCGAGCAGCACGGGAAACGCAGAUAUGAUAGCUCUUCUGCUCUCGUACGGAGCGCAUCCGUUCCUCUCGACGAUCUUGAAAGAUACCCUUUGCUACGCGGCUUCAGCGCAGCGCGGCUGCUACAGCCCCAUUUCGGUGGCGGCAGCGCACGGCCAGAGAUCUAUCCUGCAAAAGCUGCUGUCACAACCUGUUGCUUCCAUGAAUAAAGAGGUGUUAUCGCUGGAGGAGAUGCUCGCAGAAGGCGCAGCGUCGACGCAAUCGCAAUCUUCGAACACAACGCCGCAAUUCAGUAAAACGCAGAUCAAAGCGCUUCAAGAGGCCAUGUACCAUAGCGCAGAAAACAAUCACCUAGAUAUUACGGUUGAAAUCAGAUCUUUUGGUAUUCCUUGGACGUUGCACUGCUGGAUGCAUUCUCUGGGAGCGGCGCACGAAGCUAGAUUGGAUUGCGUUAUAGAUCAACUGCUGCAAGAUUUUCUGCAAGUCUGCCCGGACGAUUACAGCUCUCAGUUCGUCCAGGAAUGUCUACCGCUACUGUUCAACAUCUUCAGAUACAGCAAAAAGGAAGGAACGACGCUCCUGCUGGCAGACAUCUUCUCCACGUGCUUCGGUUGGGAGGCCAUCAAACCUAUCAAGGAUUGCGUCCUGACCACGACGACGGCUUCGAGGAUCGACCCGAAGUACGUCAACAAUCCUGAACUGAGCGACGUCACGUUCAGGGUCGAGGGAAGGCUUUUCUACGCGCACAAAAUCGUCCUCGUCACAGCUAGUCCCCGUCUUCGUGCCAUGCUCAGUUCGAAACUCUGCGAGGGUGGACUUCCUACCGUUCAGAUCAACGACAUCAGAUACCACAUCUUCCAGAUCGUGAUGCAGUUCUUGUAUCAAGGCGGAUGCCAAACGCUGGAGCCUGCACCGGAGGAUAUUUUGGAGCUGAUGGCUGCCGCCAACUUCUUCCAACUGGACGGUCUGCUGAGGUACUGCGAGGGGAGAUGCGCGGCUAUGCUCGUCCUCGACAACGUCGUCUCCAUGUACAUCCACGCCAAAGUCUACAACGCCCUGCAGCUUCUCGAAUAUUGCCAGGGUUUCCUCCUGCAAAACAUGGUAGCCCUGCUCACCUACGACGAUUCAGUGAAGAGGCUCCUCUUUGCCAAGAAACUACCCAAUCACGACGUCCUCGCCGGUCUCCUGAACACUCUGCAGAACAGGAUCAAAACGCGCCGAUCUCAGAUUUGCAAGAGCAUCCAGCAGCAGCAGGGAAAAGCAUGUAAAUGAUGUCCAUAUAAACUAGAUUAUAUAUAUAUAUAUAUACAUACAGAUGAAUAAUUUAAAAGAGAAUUCUCGAACGGAAAAAGAAAACGUGAAAUUUAAGACUAUGUUAUUUAUAUUUUUAUUAUUAUUUCUUUAUUUAUACAAGUUUUAU